AUGGUGGACGUGCAAGUCAUCAGCCCUCGAAAACUGAAGUUGGUGCCAGUCGAAGAGUUGGCACGAGACGUCCCGAAACUCGAGUACAACCUGGACAAGGUUCUUUUCAACCCUGGAGUCUACCAGCUUCAAGACAAGCGAUCAAAGGUCUUCAACUUUGACCCCUACCUCGCCACAAUCAUGCCCGUGGAGCAGUUCGAUUUCAACGCCCUGAAGGAGUACGUCACAUCCUCCAAGGACACCAGACUCAGAGAUUUGAGUGCCAAGUAUGGCAAGAAGUACUGCGGUUCCACCUCCAGCUUGACGUCUAUGCUCGCCCAUUUCCACUUCCUUCUGUCAGCAUGGAGAGCACCUAAUUUCGAGCACCUGUCCCGCUCUUUCAAUGUCGAGUUCCAGUCAUACACCGCCCUGACCCGAGGACCUGCUGCUGCGUUCGCCCGCUAUAAGGAUGGGGUCUAUGCCAUUGAUGCCGACAAGGAAUUCGACAGGGCAAACAUUUUGAGCAUGCUUGGAAAGUCGAUGGAAAAGCUUCUCACCAUUCCAAAGAAUGAGUUUGAAAAGUACAGAAGGACAAAGUCGCAUGAGCUGUCUGAGGAGGAAAAGAACGCCGAAGAAGCAUUCCACUACUCAACGCUUGGCGACUUUAUGCUACGUUCGCAACUUGAUGCGUAUGACCCACGACUUCCCGGCACUGGAAUGUUUGAUCUGAAGACACGAGCAGUCGUAUCUAUUCGAAUGGAUGUCGAAGGCUACGAGAAGGGGAUGGGGUAUGAGAUCCGCAACCGUUUCGGCGAAUGGGAGUCAUUCGAGCGCGAGUACUAUGACAUGAUCAGGGCAGCCUUUCUCAAGUAUUCGUUGCAAGUGCGCAUGGGACGAAUGGACGGCAUCUUUGUGGCCUUCCACAACACACAGCGUAUCUUUGGUUUCCAGUACAUCAGCCUUGAGGAAAUGGAUCGAGCCCUCCAUGGAACUUCAAACCGCAGCGUUGGCGAUCAAGAAUUCAAAGUCAGCUUGAAACUCCUGAACGAAGUUCUAGAUAGAGCCUCAAAGCGGUUCCCCAAGCGCUCACUUCGACUACACAUUGAAACCCGACAAACCAACCCCCCGCUGACCUACUUCUUUGCUGAGCCUGUCGACGAGGAGGCGAUCGAUCAGACCCAAGAAUCAGGCCGAUCAAAGGUAGAAGCUUUUGAGCGGGAGAUUCUUGGCCUCUCACGCAAGGAGAAGGAGCAAGAAUCGAGACAACUCAAGGAGGAGCUGUCCGCCCAAGUUCAAGAGGACCAGCUCGAUAAGGAGGCCUUGCAAGAGUCUACUUCAGCCGAAGACCCUCAGCGACAGAAGGCUUGGGACGAAAUGAUGGCCAAGCGGGAGCUGCUCGGCAUGUACAUUACGGUUCGCAACAAGAUGGAUGAUCAAGUCGUCGACCGCGUCGAGCUUCGCGAGGGCCGGGAAGACAAGCGCCGAUGGAUGGUGGAGUACUCUAUCACAGAGCUACCUCAGGAAAGGGCCGCGAGGAUCCUUGGACAGAUCCGAGCUCGACGAAAGAAGACACUCCAGUUUGACCCCGAAGAGCGAAGCAGGACAUGGUACCAGGCUUGGGAAGGAGGUCUGGCCAGGUCAACCCGAGCCGGGAAGUUGUAUAGGAAGACUAUGCAAAAGGAAGAAAGCAAGGACAAAGGCGUCAAGGUGGCGUGGGCCGAGACGACGAUCCCGCACAAGACUUUCAACUCGUAAAAGAGACACCAGGUGGUGUAUUGUAAGAUGAUGAACUGGACGGUGGACGAAAAUUAUGCAUGGGAGGGACUUGUAAAAAACAAAAGAGGGAGCUGGUUUCUUGCUCCGUGUAUUACUACAUUCCAGUGCUGGUAGGAGACUGGUCGCAAACACUCCUCUUGGAAAUCAUGUAACAUAGUCGGUCAUAGAGUAGGUUAUUGAUGAAUGAAUGCGUU